AUGGCGACCGACACCGGCGGCGCCGCGGCCGGCGGCGAGCAGCAGUACUCGCUGCGCUGGAACGACUUCCACUCGGCGAUGGUGUCGUCGUUCCGGCGCCUGCGCGAUGAGGAGGACUUCGUGGACGUCACCCUCGCCUGCGCCGGCGCUACCUUCACCGCGCACAAGGUGGUGUUAUCAGCGUGUAGUCCGUACUUCCGAAGACUGCUGAAAGCGAAUCCUUGUCAACACCCUAUUGUUAUCCUGCGGGACGUUCACGACAAAGACAUGGAAAGCUUACUCAGGUUUAUGUACCAAGGGGAAGUGCACAUCGGCCAGGAACAGCUAAAAGAGUUUCUAAGAGCGGCUCAGCUACUGCAAGUUCGAGGUUUAACUGAUGUACCAGCGCCAGCCCCAAUUCCCACCUUGGAUCAGAAGGCUUCACCGUCGGCGUCAUCAUGGACAGAGACAGGCAGCGGAGGCUCACGAGAAGGGCGGGAAGCUCAACCACGUGAGGGUCGAAGAUCUAGGAGGCCGGAGGAAGGCUCAACCAGCACGCCCCCACCGAAACGCGCGAGAUCCUCAGACUUGUAUCAGGCACAAAUGAAAACUAGGACAGAGCAAUUGCUGGCAGCUACAGGCAGUCCAGAACGCUUAGGGACAAACGGACACGAACUAGCACUAUUUGGACAGACACUAGACAACGUGCAAACCGCGCAUUUAUCAGGAGUCUCUAAUAACUUGUCUGGUGAUGGAGAGGAGUCAUCAUCAGACGCUGGUGCGAGUGACACGGAGGGCGAAACGCGCGCCAAGCAGGAACCCCUGGACUACGACGACCCCGCCACCAUGGCCAACACCAACGGAUCCCUCCCCCACAACUUCCCAGGACUUCUCAAUUUGCCAGGCUUUCCCGGAUUACCCGGACCAUCAGGAAUGCCAGAUAAUUAUGGUGGCUGCCGGCGGACACAAGACCUGCUGCGCGUGCGAGCCACCGACCCGCGCCCGUGCCCCAAAUGCGGCAAGAUCUACCGCUCGGCGCACACGCUGCGCACGCAUCUGGAGGACAAGCAUACUGUCUGCCCGGGAUACCGCUGCGUGCUCUGCGGGACGGUGGCGAAGUCGCGCAACUCGCUGCACUCGCACAUGUCGCGGCAGCAUCGCGGCAUCUCCACCAAGGACCUGCCUGUGCUGCAAAUGCCCACUCGCUUCGACCCCGAGCUGGCCAGCCAGUGA